AUGGACAGCUGUUUUACCCUUCCUGGGGCUCAUCAGCAUGGUAUAGCCGUCGGGUCAAUAAACGGGGGAGAAUAUGCCAUGCUGAUGAGCCUCAAUAAAGGCGAAACAGCUGUCCAUGGCUACCACUACCCGGGUGAUAUGGCUGUACGCAUGCGUGAGGUACUGGCCAGGCCAUGGGUUGGUGUAUGUGUGCCCCUUGCGUUAAGUUUGUCAUGUGAUAAUACCCUAAAAAACUCUUUCUUUCAAUUUUUGUUUUAUUCGCAUGCAUAUUUACGAAUAAUUAGUCGAGCUUGCUUUAGUAGAGCGAGAGUCUAAAAAUGCAAGCGUUUUUUUGUGUGUGUCCGUCGCAAAUGGGGGACCAUGCUCCUAGGCGUUCCUAGAAGAGACCGUGGAAGCUGGGGAUGAGAAUCGUGACAACUUUCAUUGCAUGCAAAUGAGUCUGGUGAUGAGAAUGCUGUUUAAUUUUGGCGAUGACUGAAAUAACGCGCAAUGUUUAUCAAGUUUUGGUUCUUUGGCAAAGUUUUCUUCCGUGCAAGAAAUCACGCUUUAUUUUUUUUCGAUAGAACAGGCUACCUUUCAUGCUUAUAUGACGUAGCAAGGCGAUAAAACCGCAAGUGCAAAAUAUCUCUAGAGAGCUAUUUCUAAAUUUGAUCUUAUGGUAAUUUGGUUAUGACCUUCACGUGACAAUAAGGACAGUUUUGUAAACACGUCUAUGGGGUCAUGGUAGCACAGAAUCUGGGGAUGAGAAUCGGCACGAUGCUCUCAUCAUCUGCAAGUUUCGAAAACAACGUACAAUUUUCAUAAUGCUGUUUUGAGAAGAAAAAUGUGAAAGUAUAAAGCAUUAUACGUAAUGUCGCUCAUAAAUCCACACACCAUUCGUGGUAGACCCACAAUAAAAGUUGUCGAACGUUUUCGCUAUGGGUCGUUCCACGAAUUCUGUCGUUUGAAAGCGUUGAUAACUUUAAAAGAAGUGAUUACAUGAGAAAAAUACUCGACCGUCGUUAAAGUAAGAUGAGAAAAUAUUAUAGCGGGAAAUCCUGUUUUGUGGUGAAUUGUGGCGUUACGUUUCUCAGAAUAUUGUCGCAAUUGCUGAAACUACGGUUAAAUAGAUUCACUUUGUUGUAUGCAUUUAAUUGCUAGAUUUUCGCAAUUGUUAAGAUGUGAAGUCGCAUUGCUUAAUAAAUACUUGAGAUAUCAACUACUACUGCAUGUGUUUAUACGGGUGCCUUUGUACUUGACUGUCACGUACUUUACUUGCAGCACUUCAUGUCCAUAGAAUGGAAAUCCCAUGUCGAGCUUUUCCGGAAUGGCUCGUUCCACGAAUUCUAUCACUUGAAAGCGUUGAUUAAUUUGGAACAAGUUAUUACUUCAGUGGUCGAAAAAGAGAACAAUCUUUAUGAGCAAAACGUCGAUGGUGAGGCUAACUGGUAGGGUGUAGUAAACUUUCUUUGCAUGCAAAUGAGUCUUGAGAUGAGCAUACGGUUUAUUUUCAGUCACAAGAGCCAUAAUUUUUUUUAUGGCUCUUGUCGGGGAUGAUUGAAAUAUCACAAAUCGUCGAAUACGGUAUAAAAAGUAAAUAUCCUGAUGAAUACUCGACCGUCGAUAAAGUAGGAAUUGAAAACUUUUAGCAAGGAAAUCAUGUUUCAUGUAUAGUUAAUCGCCUCCCAUGCCACCUAGACCGCGAGCAGCCUUAUUUUUCUUUUGAGUCACAGUAGGUCGAGAACUUAAUUUGACUGUAAUUUUUCCCUCGCCACGCUUGCCUCUGAGGAGAGAAGGACGACAGCUCGCGUUCUAAUCGCCUCCUCAUUUCUUAUCUUAUCUCCAAGCAAGCGAGAAUCAAAGCUACUAAGAGCGUUCUUGUUUAUGAAAAGACAAAGGGGCAAAUUCCCUUGAGACCUUCAUUGGGAAAACAUACAAGCUAAAGAGGUCUUUUGCCUGAACAUGGCCUCACGGAAUCGAUGGGUAAUGCUGGCUUGUAGCAUUAUUAAAUACAGGAAUGCAAUAAAAACAAUGUCACUAUUUGAAGGGAUAUCGGUUAUUCAAAUAUUUAACAAAGGUAAAAUCACUAAACUUAUUCUCUUUUGUUACGAAACCAUGAGUUGUCGUCUUCAGGUCGUCGCAUCCAAAACACCGAUUUUUCUUACCUCGGCUUAUCACCCCAUGAAAGGAUUCCGAUUUUUUGUCAGUGGAACUUGAAUUCCCGAUUCCAAUCCUUUGUGGGAUUCCGGAUUCCUUGAGCUGUAUUCCGGAUUCCACAAGCUAAAAUUCCCGGAUUCUGGAAUUCCUUUACAUGGUGCUAGACAUAGCGUAUAAAUCCAGAAAAAAAAUUUUCAAAAUUUUGCCAAGGGAACUUGAUUCCAAACGUAUGUCCUCCAAUAAGUAGCCCUCACAUUAUUUAACAAAAGGUAGAAUAAUGAAUAGGAAGUACGUUAAGCUUUACUUUAGUGGCCUCAUUACAGAAGGUUUUAAUUUAUUAACUUAUUAACUUCAAAUCUGCAUGGCAUGUCACUGUACGGUUAACAAAGGCGGAUUUAAGGAAGGUGGGGUUGGUGGUUCAGAUGCUAUCACUGACGAGUUUAGUCUUUCCUGGGUGCUGAUUACACCAUUAAUAAGAUACUCGACGGGUAAACAUGUUAAACAAGAACGCUCUUACUGCGUCCUUCAGUCUAGAUUGGCUGGAGAUUAGAUUGGAAAUAAGGAGCCGAUUAAUUCUACAAGAAACAGGAUUUACUCGCUAAUGAUUUUUUACUUCCUAUGUUAUCGUCGUCGAUACUUUUUAUUUGUUUCUGAAUUAAUUUAGUACGCAUGUUAGCGACGACCAGAAAUUCGUCUGCGGUCGUAGACCAUACGCGUGGAUAAAUACACGAAAAUUCAAGGGCCUCGAUUCCAGAGAAAAUAAACCGAAAAUAAACCGCAUGCUCAUCACAAAACCCAUUUGCAUGCAAUGAAAGUUUACAACACCCGACCAUCGCAGUUUUUCUAAUUAAGAUUCUUGGUUUUUUUUUCGACCACUCAGCAGUGUUAGCCUGUUGAGGCGAUAGAAUUCGUGGACCGACACGUUUCGGAAAAGUUCUAAAUUUAUUCUUUCCUAAACUUUCUUUGCAAAACAUGUGUGGCUUUGAUCACGCAACGAUUCUUAUUCCCAGUUUCCACGGUCUCCUCUAGGAACGCCUGGCACAAUGACUCCUCUUUUUGUGUCCUAAAUACGAAGUAAAACACGUUGCAGAUUACAGUUUUUCUGCCUACGCAAGCGAGGCUAAUUAAGAAAAUGUAGAAAAAGAUGAUAUCAACGGAAAAUUCCCUGUUUAAACACAAGAUGUGAACUUAAUUUUCCGUAUCUUUUUAAUGUUUUGGCAAAGAAAAAUGUGGAAGGACAGUCAAUUUUGAUUUUUCUCUGCGGCAAAAUGUAAGUUGACAUUUUCUUUCUGCUCUUGUUUUUUAUGCUAGCUGAGGAAGCACGAGAUGAGCGAACCAACUACUUCCACGGAGCCAACAGAUGUAGAGGAAGACGAGCAGCAGAACGAUGAACAAGACGUCGAUACUUCCAUAAAGAUAGCAAUGAUUUGUCUUUACGUCAUCAUCCUCAUGCUCUCAUUGGUUGGUAACUCUCUUAUCAUCCAUCUUGUGCGCACGCGCAAGAAUAUCCGAAAAAACCAGUUUUACUGGCUUAUCUUCAACACAGCUCUUGCUGACCUCAUAGAUGUCUUAACGGCUUGUGCCUUUUCGAUGCCAUACUUCAUGUUGGGAGACCGAUGGGGGCUAGGAGGAUUUGGAACUGCUAUGUGCAAGAUAAUUCCAUUUUUGUUGGUUGUGUCCAUUUGUGCUGCCAUCUGGACGCUUACAGUCAUUGCUGUCGACCGAUACCUGGUGAUAGUAUGUCUCCGAAGAAGAGCGCUGUCAUCCCGAUCAGUGCUGCGUUCCAUUAUCAUUGUUUGGCUGUGUGCUAUAGUGGUUGGUAGUGGACAGCUCUACAAAUACAGAACCGUAGAACAAGAUGGAAUACAAUACUGUGUUGACGAGUGGGACGAGGAUUCGGUGGAGACUUCUAUGCUUCUUUACAAAACGGAAAUGGUCGUGAGAGUCAUCAUCACCUAUGCAGUUCCACUUGUCGUCAUGGCAAUCUUGUAUUUCCUGAUCGCCAGAUUCCUUUGGAAGCGCAAGCCACCGGUGAGUGUCAAUCAACAAGCUUACAUCAACCAAGUGAGGAAACGUAAGACGGUGAUCAAAAUGUUGAUAACAGUUGUCACCGUGUUUGCACUUUGUUGGCUUCCUGUUCAUGUCGGUCAUGUGAUGUCUGAGUUUUACACGGGUGCUUACUACAAUACUCCAAGUGUGGUCAGAUGGCUGUUCUUUUGGUUUGCUCACGCUAAUGCUGCAAUUCAUCCCUGGUUGUUCAUUGCUUUUAGUGAGCACUUAAGAGAGGGGACGAAGGAAAUACUUCGAAAAAUCUACAAUACCGAACAACUACGAUUGCGUUCCGGUUCCACGCCAAGCAUAAUUACCAAUGAAGAUCCUAUGUCCAGGCCUAUUACUCCAAAACGAAACUCACGCACUACCACUACAGAAGAUACUCUUUAA